UUUUUUCUUUUUUUUUUCCUUUUUUUUUUUAUUAUUAUUAAUUUAUAAUUGUGAAGUCAGUUUUGCCUGUCAAUUCAUUAAAAAGUCAAGUGCAUUCAUUCAUCAUGGCAAAGGAGGAAAUGAGACAAAACGAUACUUCAAAGUAAGUCUUAAAUGUUCUUUAGUGAUUUUGAAAAAUAGGCCAUGUAUUAUAUAGAAAGCUUAUAGUUAGAUAGAUUAUUUUAUUAAACAGAGGGCACGUCUAACAAGUAUUUACAGGUUAUGUUAGAUUAAAUAAUAAAUGCAGUUAUAAAGAUACUAGCACUGGAAUUUAAUUUUAAUGAAAUGACUUAUUAAAACCAUCUUUGUAAUUUCUAUAGCAUUACAACUCUGGGAUGUGUUAUAUGGAUAAUUAUUAAUAAAGGCAUAACUCCAGGCAUUCAUAUUUUAAUUUUUUUUUGUGUGUAUCUAAUAGAGUUGGAAAUAGAGCAAAAACAUAAUCUAAAAUGAAUGUUUUUAAUAGAAAUAGUUCAAGCAUGUCAUGUUUCUUUUCCAAAGCAACUAAUUUGGAAAAAUUACUAAUUUGUUCUGUAGUCUACAGCAUUGAGACAUAACAUUAUAUGAAAUUAACAGAAGUAUUACUGAGGAAGCAUAAGUCUUAAAACAUUAUCUGAUUAAAUUGUACAGUUGGCAAAUUGAAAAUUAAUAUGAUAUUUUUCCAUGUGUUCAGCAACUCACACAUUGAACUAUUGUGUGUUCUUUUUGUGUGAGGAAAAUCAUGCUAACUCACCUCCCCAAAUUUCUCAUUGGGAUCUUUUUUUUGUUUGGUUUAGUGAGCAAGGAUGGAAGUCAAAACUUAAUUUACCAGCUCCGGACCAUAGAGUUAGAACUUCAGUAAGUACCAGUAUUUUUUAAAAUUAAAAAGUUAUACCGUAUUCUAAAGUUUUCCCACAUUAUUUUACUCCCAUUAAGUGCAAGUGAUUUCACGCUUAAAAUCAAAUCCAAAUGAAAUGACCUGUUAUGUGAAUUUAAAAACACAAAAACAUGUCCUGCAUUACAUUUAAGUUAAUUUGUAUUUAAAUGGAUUUGUAAGUUCAUGAAACCCCUAUGACUAUUUUUGUUUGUUUUUCCUAGGAUGUCACAAAUACAAAAGGCAAUGAAUUUGAAGAUUUCUGCUUGAAACGAGAUCUAUUAAUGGGAAUAUUUGAAAAAGGCUGGGAAAAGCCAUCUCCAAUUCAAGAGGCCAGUAUUCCCAUAGCUCUCACAGGCCGAGACAUUUUGGCACGUGCAAAGAAUGGAACUGGCAAGACUGGGGCAUAUGCCAUACCUUGCCUUGAAAAAGUUGAUUCCUCCAAAGACUUAGUACAAGGUUAAAUUUUUAUUUCUUUAUAUGUCAAUUAACUGUUAUGGCAGUAGGAAGAUUCGUUUUUUUGUUUUGUUGUCUUUCUUUAAGAUAGCAAUAUUAAUUGCUGAAGGGUUGCGAAUUAUUGUAUUAAUGCAUUUCAUUAUUAAUAAGCAUUACCGUAUUAUUAUGUAAUUCCAAUGCAUUAUACAUUCUUCAGGCAUUUAUUAAGUGUUGUAGUCAGUAUAGUGAAAGUAUUUAGUUUAAGUAUUUUAAUCUUGAUUAGUAUGUCAAAUUUUCAGCACUUAUCAUAGUACCGACUCGAGAACUUGCCCUACAGACUAGUCAGAUUUGCAUUGAGCUCAGCAAGCACAUAGGAUGCCGCUGCAUGGUCACAACUGGAGGCACUAACCUCAAGGAUGAUAUUAUGAGGCUUACAGAGCCUGGUGAGUUAACUAGAUAAGAUAAUCAUUUUAAUGAUAAGAUAAUCAUUUUAAUCAUCAUUUUUAAUGGAAACUAAAUGUUGUAAUUAAAAGUAAUCGUUAUUUCUUUUUACUUGAAUGGUAUUUAAAACAUUUUAGUUUGGUUAUAGUCUUAGUUACUUUGUUCAACAUAUGAACACAUACUUCCUUUAAAGAUUUUAACACCUCUUUGGAUCAUUUUAAAAAAUUUAUCACAUAUUGUUUUGCAGAGUACAUUGUUUUCUUAACUUUUUCAUGAAUCUUAAAAAUGAGUGGCUGAGAAUGAAUUAACAUAUUUUUCAGUUCAUGUAAUUAUUGCCACUCCUGGUCGUAUACUUGACUUGAUGAAUAAAAAUCUAGUCAAAAUACAAAACUGUGGAACCCUCAUUUUGGAUGAGGUAAGGAAAUAUUUAAUAUAAGACAUCCUUUGCUUAUUAGGACAUAAAGCAAAUUGGUUGAGUGUAUUUAAUAUAAACUUAUUUAAAAUUUAGAUAUAUUGUUAAAUUUAUCUUGUAAAAUAAUUAAUUAUAAUCACUUUAUAAUCUUAUCUGCUUUAGUGAUUCAUAUUUCUUUUCAUCAGCUCUGUUCUGAGCUAUGCUAUCCGUCUCAUUCCAGCUUCUCUCUGUCUCUUGAGGCCCAGUCUCCUGGUAUCGCAUGGUUUGCCUUUCUUGUUUUCCUACAUUGUUCUUUAAGUUGAGUUUUCUGUGCCUACCCUGAUGUUUGUAGGACUAUCUUUUUAGUUUAACGGAAAUGUCUUACACCCUAUUUUUAAAUCUACCUUUUUGAGGAGGGACAACUUUUGUUGGUUGUAAAGGAUUUUUGUUGCAUUUGAUGUGUUUUUUCAUGAAUGGGCUGCUAAACCCAAUUGAAAUGCUACUGAUGGUCUUCCUUACAUCCAUUUAGGGUGGCAGUUGGUUAAAUCUGUUCCUGAUUGUUUCCAGACCCUGAAACCACACUUUAAUUUAAUAUCUCAUAUUUUCUCUUCUCAGGCUGACAAACUAUUAUCUCAGGAUUUUAAGGGCAUGCUUGACAGCAUCAUUGGCCACUUACCCAAAGACAGACAGAUUAUGCUGUAUUCUGCUACAUUCCCUCUCACAGUUGAGGCUUUUAUGGUGGGUGUCAAAUAUUAUCAUUUCAAUUUUAUAAAGUUAUUUUUAUUUGUUUAUAUUAAAAACUGAAUCACAUUUUGAUUUGCUUGUGAAAAUUUCCAGUUCAAAAUAAAAUAAAAAAUUAAGUCAUUCUUUGACAAAUAUUGCUUGUAGAAAUUUGCUUUCAAUUAUUUUAAGAUCUGUACUUUUGAGAAAAUGAUUCAGAAAUUUUUUCAAGCUUAAUUCAUUCCCGUUUGCGACUAAAUCUGUCAUUUGGGGUUCUAAAUACAAUUUCACACCUUUUCAUUUCAUUUAGUUUUUUUUUUUUUUUUUUUUUUUUAAUGACUUUUAUGUUGUUGUUUUUUUUUUUUUUUUUUUAUUUUUUUUUUUUUUUUUUUUUUAAAUGACUUAUAAGUUGGUGUUUUUUUUGUUUUUUUUUAAAUUUAAAAAUAGCAGUGAAAUCAUGUGUCCCUUUGAGACUGAUGAUGAUUGAGUGAUUUCAAUUAAAAACGGGAAGGAAGUUUUUUAAAUCUUGUUUCACUUUAAAUCUAUAUGUGCUUUAAUACGCAGCGACUGUAUCUAGCAUGUGUUCAUCCGAUGAGCCAAAAGUCAAUUUUUGGUCAUCGCUAGUUAUUAGUUUGUCUUUAGUGUUAUAUAUUUUUUAAACCUUGUUCAUUUCUGGACGCAUUUAGUUCAUUAAAAUUACUAUUCAACAGCUUAAAAGAAUAUUUUACAGAUAUAUAUAUUAAUUGCAAAACGGAUUUACUUACCUUUUCCAGGAAUAUAAAUUAAGUAAGGAGGUUGCAAUGCUGUCUGAAUAAGUUAAAACCCAGCUUUUGAAUUGAAAGAGUUUCAGUUAUGAUUUAAAAGAACAUGCAUUUGUAAGUCAAUGAUGAAACAAAUCCUUAACCAGUUCUGCUUCUGAAUUGUAUGAGUGACCAGUGCUUCUGAUGACUUACAAAUUUUGAGUUAAGAUGUAACUUCAGCUAUUUUAUUACAUAUCAUUUUAUCUAUUUGAGAACGGAUUUUGAAGAGAAAGUGAAAAGAGUCUUACCCUCUGUAUCAUUUUAGGCUGGAUUUGAAUAACUAUAACUAAUCAAUCUUGUGAUUAAAUCCAGCCAUCCUACUUCCUGUUUUACAGGUUGCCAUAUAAAACCAUAAUGCUCAUUAAUAUAAUUUUGAAAGUCCAAAAUUUUGUUCUGUACGUCAUUUAGGACAAGAUGAAUUCAUUAAUUAUAUAUAUAUAUAUAUAUAUAUAUAUAUAUAUAUAUAUAUAUAUAUAUAUUAUAAAGAUCUUUAAAAUAAAAAUUAAUAAAAUAUAUAUAUAUAUAUAUAUAUAUAUAUAUAUAUAUAUAUAUAUAUAUAUAUAUUAUAAAGAUCUUGCAUAGUAAUCUGCAGUUAGACUUUAAACUAUUACUCAUUGUAAAAUAAUGUAAUGGGUUUAAGAAAAAAAAAUAAAAGGUAACAAGACUUUUUAAACAUUUAAUGUGAAAAAAAUGUUUGUUCAUGAUGAAAAACUUUUCAGUUCUGCUUCUGACAUAUAUGAAUGAGAAGUACUUCUGAUAACAUCAGUUUAAAGAAAACAAUAACAUCUUUUAAUUCCACUCCUUUUUAUUCCCUUGAGCAAUUUUUUUUUAGUUUAAAAUGAUUUUUAUAAGUUGGGGUUGGUUUUUAAUUUUUAUUGCACUAUCAUUCUGUUAAAGGUCGGUGCUUUCAAUUUUUAAAAAAUGGUGUUCUAUGUUUCUGUUAAAGAUGAAAAGUUCUGAUUCUAAAUAGUGAGGGAUAAGACAACCUAGAUGAUUUCAUGUUAAGAUAUUUAAUUACUAUUUGGAUAGGGGGAUUUCUAGAUUGUAGGGUUAUAUUUAGUUUAAAAAAAAAUUAAAUAAUUCUGUUCUGGACAAUAUUGCUAAUUUAUGUUUUUAGGUACCGGUAUUCACUUUAUAAUGGUUCAAAAUAAACAGUUAAGGGAUUUAGUAUUUCAAGUGUAUGUUGAUGAUGAAAAUACCAUAUCCAGUUCUGCUUCUGAAUUAUUUGAGUGACAAGUAUUUCUGAUAACACACACUUUUUAGGAGAUUCCAACUUUAGACGUUUAAUUAUUACUAGGUAGAGGGAUUUUUCAAACAAGAGUUAUGUUAAAUUUUAUUUUAAAUCUAGUGCUAAGGGUCUUAGUCAGUGGUUCUCAACCGUCCUAAUGCCGCCAACCUUUAAUACUCUUCAUGUUGUGGCGACCCCCAACCUCAAAAUUGUUUUCAUUGCUACUUCAUAACUGUCUAGUAUAUGCGUUUUCCAAUGAUCUUAUGUGAACCCUGUGAAAGGGUCAUUUGACCCCCAAAGGGGUUGCGACACACAGGUAGAGAACCCCUGGUUUUAGUGUUAUAUCCCUCAUAUACAAAAGGAACCUAACAACCUAGAAUAUUUCAACUCUUAUAUCUAUUAUGUUGGUGGGGUUUCUUGAUUUAGAAAAAGAAUUUUCUACACUAUUAUUAUUGCUAAUUUAUAAGAAAAAUAGACAACUAUUUUAGUGAUGGUGAUAUUUCAAGUGUAUGUUGAUGAUGAAAAAACAAUAUCCAGUUCUGCUUCUGAAUUAUUUGAGUGAUGAGUAUUUCUGAUAACACACACUUUGUAGGAAAUUCCAACUUAAGAGAUUUAAUUAUUAUUUGGUUAGAGGGAUUUUUGAAAUGAGUGCUUAAUUUAAUUUUUAAAUACAGGACUAAGGGUCUUUGUGUUACAUCACCCAUAUAAAUAAGGAACUUAGCAACUUAGAAUAUUCCAACUUAAGAUAUGUAACUUAUGUUAGUGGGGUUUCUUGAUUUAGAAAAAAAAAUAGUUCUGCACUAUUAGUAUUGCUAAUUUUAUUAGUAAAUGGACCAUUAUUUUAAUCAUGGUGAUAUUUCAAGUGUAUGUUAAUGAUGAAAAAAACACAUCCAGUUCUGCUUCUGAAUUAUUUGAGUGAUGAGUAUUUCUGAUAACACACACAUAGGUUUUUAGGUUAAGUGAAAUUGUUCAACCUGAGUUCAAUUUUACUAUCUUAAUCAAAGGCUACUUUGUUAGGUUUUAUAUUAGAAGUUAAAAAAAAGCAUAAAUGUCAAGUGAAAUAAUUUAGACUGAGUGCACAUAUCUAAACACAAUGUUUUAAGUCAUUUGUAUCUUGUGCUGAUAACACCCUUUGUUUCUACUAAUAAAAUUUCUUUUAAUAAAUAUUUCACUGGCAUUUCGCAAUGUUCAUGUAAUGCAGGUGUCACCAAACUUUUUUUACGGAGAGCUAGAAAAUGGGAAAAAAUGACGAGCGCGGGCCGGAUAAUCAAUCAAUUUAAACAAAUGGACCAAAUGUUUCUUAAAUGCAUAAGUUGUUUUUAAAAAAGGGUUACAUUUCAAUAAGCAUUAAAUAGUUUCAAUAUUUUUACUAAGGUAUUUAAAAAUGUUAUGCUAUUAUUAUUGAAGUCCAUGUGCAGGGAGUAGCAUCAUCAUCUUUUUAAAUUAAUUAUAUCUACAGUCACGCAUUAUCAUGUGUUACAUUCAAAAGCCGUCAAUAUUUCUGUGCACUUUUGAUGAUGAUAAAAUAGCUUAUCCAGUUCUGCUUCUGAAGCACAUGAAUGAUGAGUCCUUCUGAUGGCUUGCACAGUCUAUACUUUUGUAACUCUUUGUGAUUGUUUUACUUUGUGUCCUUGUUUGAUGUUUUUAUUUUUCUAUUUUACAGAGAAAACACUUAAAAAAUCCCUAUGAAAUUAAUCUUAUGGAGGAGCUGACAUUGAAGGGAGUAACCCAGUACUAUGCUUUUGUCCAGGAGAAACAGAAAGUACAUUGUCUCAACACUCUUUUCUCUAAGGUAUUGUAUUUGAAACAUUCUUUUUUAGCACUUUUUUUCUUCUGCAGCAUGUGAAACAUAAUUCAAACUAAUAACGUCUGAACUAGGACUAUCUUUAGGAUUUAUUCUUUCAUAGAAAUAUUUUGAUUUCGUUCAUUGCUAGGUAUAUCAGGUCUUUUCCCAUAAGGGUACCUUUGUAUUUGCCUUGUGUAUUUAAACAUUUUAAAGUUUUCUUUAAAUUGAUAAAUUUAGUAGAUAAUCAUGUUUUUUUUUCUGAAAGAUUUCUUGUUGCAACAACUAUUUCAACAUUUUAAAGUUUUCUUUAAAUUGAUAAAUUUAGUACCGGUAGAUAAUGUUUUUUUUUUCUGAAAGAUUUCUUGUUGCAACACUUACUCUCAGCCAUUUCCUAUUGUUGCCAUUUUCUUUGCAGUUACAAAUCAACCAGUCUAUUAUUUUCUGCAACUCAACUCAGCGUGUUGAGCUACUGGCGAAGAAAAUUACAGAGCUGGGCUACUCUUGUUAUUACAUUCAUGCUAAGAUGAACCAACAGCAUCGUAACCGUGUGUUCCACGACUUCAGAAAGGGACUUUGUAGAAAUUUAGUGUGCUCAGGUUUGUAGUUGGAAAAUUCAUAUAGUUUUUUGUUUGCUUUAUUUUGAGCGUCCACUUGUGCAUGAGAUAAUUAGUUUACUGGUUCAAAAAUCGAAUUAAAAAACUGUUACUAUUAUAGCUUGUCUUAACCUGAACGGAUAUCUUAGUGAAUAUCAGAUAGGGGUUAAUUACUAAUUAUUUCUCACGUAACAGUGUUAAUACAUGAAGUUCAAGUCUUCACAUAUCAGUUCAUUUAUAUAAGCACUAUACAGAAUAAUAUUGACAUGAUGAAUAUUGGAAUGAUGAUACAGUUCAUAAAACAUCCACCUCAUUUUAGACAUUAAAGUGAAGUUGCUCAUAUGUUCUAUCUUUCUUCACUCAUGAGACAAAAUCUUCCUAACCGCUUUUCCAGCCACUACAAUGUGGCCUCUCAAGUAAUUCCCCACUCUUUAUAAUAUGUAUGUAUCACUACAAUGACUUGAACAUCACCUAUCAUAAUGUUACAAUAGAUAAAAAAUUAAAAUAUAGUUAUGAAUAGAUGGAUUCUUUUGGAUUUAUAUUUUAUAAAUUUUUCUUAUAUUCCAGAUCUGUUUACUAGAGGUAUUGAUAUUCAGGCCGUCAAUGUUGUCAUCAACUUUGAUUUCCCAAAGCAUUCAGAAACCUAUCUUCACAGGAUUGGCAGAUCUGGAAGAUAUGGUCAUCUUGGUGUAGCCAUCAACCUGAUCACCUACGAUGACAGGUACAUGCAUCCAUAUUUACAUUUUGUAUGCAAAAGUUAAGCUCAGUUAUCAUCGUUGGUAUGGUUUGUGGCAUGAUGUAUUAGGAACUCUCAUUUAAAAAACUUAGCAUAUUUUUUUUAAACUUUACUCCAGCCUAAAGUUUUUUUAUACUGUUAUUGAAUAACGUCUUAAAAGAUUUUGAGGCUGUGCGCAAUAUAAUUGGAUUUUUAUUGCCAUUGUCAAGUUAUGAUUUUUAAAUAUUUAUUUACCACCAGAGCAAUUUCUUCUUCUUCUUCUAUAUCUUAAGGGCCCACGAUCAAUUUAUUGAUCAUUUUGGCUCCUAUUUUGGAUCAAUUUGUAAAUAUGUAAAAUGAUUUUUUAAAAUCUUGUGAAGUUAUUUUUCAUUACAUAAAUUAACAAUUCACUUAUGUAUUAAAUUUUCUAAAAAGCAUUAGUUGAUUUUUUUAAAAAUUACAUCUGACAAAAAAUACAGUCUGAAAGACCACUCUAAAAUAUUUAACAAGUUAAUGAUUGUACCAGUAUACGCUAACCAAUCGUAAUAAAAAUUUCUCACUACAGGUUUGCCUUGCACAAAAUUGAGCAAGAAUUGGGUACAGAGAUUAAGCCAAUUCCCAAAACCAUUGACCCGUCCUUGUAUGUUGCUGAAGCUCAACAAAUUGAUCCAGACAUGGAGGAAGAUUUCUACAGACAGCAACAGAUGCAGCAUAACCAACAAAUGCAGCAACGUGCCAAUAGUAGUCACCAGCAAGCUUCAAGGGGACCACCGCCACACCAACAGCAAACUGUUGCUUAGUUUUAAAAAAAAAAAAGAAGACAAGUUUUGAAAAAGGCAUCACAACUGCAGUGUUUGCAUAAUUAUUUCUGGAUUUUCAACAGUUUUCUAGGUUGUGUGAUAUGAGAUAGCACGUUUUCUCAAUUUGUGAAAGCUACUACAAGUGUGAAUCAACUUUUUUUUUUCAUCUGUGAAUGAGUGUCCUUGGUGAUUCAGAAUUGUUUUGACCGUACCAUUGCUCAUCAUUUUUUCAUACUAUCUUGGAUAGAAUGUUUUUUUAAAGCAAAAUUUAAUAAGGUGUAUGAAACACAAAACUGGUAAUUGCAAGAUGAUCCUGAAGUGGUGUUUAUUACAUUUAUUCUGCACUCUAAGCCCCAAAAAAAAAGACAAGUGCCAGUGAUUCUAGACAUAACUUCAAUCUGCACCAAAGUGUGUGAGAUCAUUUGAGGAUUCAUAUUUGAAAGUUAAUGUAUUUUCGUCCACACAAAUUUUUCAUGACCUCAGCUACAAUUCUGUUCAUGGCCAUAUUGUCUCAGAUCUAGUGCCUUGGAUGAAAUUGACGGCAUCUACACAAAUGUGUGUGAUUGAAAAUUUAUUUUUUCAAACAACGCUUGGGAAGUCUCUCACUUAAAGGAAAAUGAAUCGGAGCUUCACUUGGAGGAAAAUGAAUUGGAGCUUCACUUGGAUGAGCGGAGCUUCACUUGGGUUUAAUUGUGUAGUGCAUCACCUCAAAAAUGUGAUCAACGGUGCACAAAUUUGAUAGCUGAAGUACUAAACAAAAUAUUAAGGGCUGUGCACUGACUUUUGUUUCAGCAUUUCAUGUGAACAAGAUAAAUCCAUGAUGUGGUGCAGAGAUUGUGACUUUACAUAUCGCUUUGAAUGGAUCAGCUUUACAAGACGGCAACAGCCACCUCUGUUUAAAGUGAUUAAAGUUAAUUCCAGGAGGCAUUAAUAAACUGACUACCCUUAUGGGCUCAUUCAACUCAACCAGUUGACCUUGUGGCUCAUGCUUAAGACAUUCUGACUCACAAAGGCAGCAUUUCCGAUCAUUGCUUCACGUUAAAUUAAUUAUAAUAAGCCCAUCUUUUGGUUUGGCCGGAAAGCUAGUUUAUCUAGCAAGAGUAGGCUGGCCACAGUUCUAUUCUAAUAACUGGUCAUUGGUUUUGUGUGGACUGGAAUACCUCCAGCAAUGGAUUUUGUGGAGUUGUUAGAUUUGUUUGAAUUUAAUAGUUUUUAUCCAAAUUUUAAGGCUAUUAAGAUUUACAAGCAUUUAAAUAAUGUGGUACUCACAGGAGCAACAACAAAAAUCUCCUUGAAUAUUGUUUUGCACUGUUGAAUGUUAAGGAAAGUAAGAAGUUUUGUUAAACUAUUUUUAAAAAUCUAUUGUGAGACAACGCUAAGGGAUUACACUAUUUCAUUUCAUGAAAUAAGUUCUUACUUAAAUUCUUAAUAUUGAAGCAGUGACAUCUAAUUCAACAAGUGGAGUUUGUGUGUCAAAAUAUGGCCAUGGAAAUGUUAAACUCAUGCAAUCUGAUGACUUCUUGAUUCAGUUGUUGGAUGGAUUAUUGAAUGUGAUUAGAGAGAGAGAAGAGGUAGACAAUUUUGUUGCUGAAAAUCGCUCUUGUAUCAAACAAUACUGUUGAUAUUUUUUGGCUUUGACAACUGCUGAAUUUUGGUGUAAAUAACACCUGUUACCUGUUGGUAGCAUUUAAAGUGCUCCAACAGGUUAAAUAGAUUGUGACCAAAAAAUAAGCCAAAGACAGUGCAUUAGAUCAGGAGUUAUGAUUGGCUUCGAUAACAGAGACAUUUAUUGUUUAUUUAGAAAGAUAACGGUUAUUUUAAGUGAUUGAGUGCCGGAUGUGUGUUGGGAAUUCAAAUGUUCAUUGGGGGUUUCUUCAUCCCAUUUCUCUUGCUGCACAAGGACGACGCAUUCUAUUUUAAGUUUCCUACUAAGAGUACCCAAUCCUUUUUUUUUUUUUUUUCCAUUUGUGAUACAGAACUGGAUUUGUGAAGUAAAUCCUAAUAUUUUAUUUAUAGUCCUUAAAUUAUACAGAUUCCUAGAGGCUUAUUAUUCUUAAUGCAAGAAGGCUUUUAUGUUAUUAAGCAAUAACCUAAAUAAGCUCGUUUUAAUAACUGAUAAUGGACUAGAAUUGAGGGCUACACAAGUUUGUGUGGAUUGAUGUGAUCAAAGCAACUACAUGGAUUUAGGAUGUAACAUCUUCAUUUCAUUUUUUUUUUAAGAGCUGGUAUAAGUGAGUGAAGGUGAUUAGAUGCAUGCCUGAUUACUUAAAGAUAUAAGAGCAUAGAAUGAAGCAUUGAAUGCCAUGAGUAAAAGUGACUGAUUCCUCGAUGCUAUUAUCUUUAAUCAUUGGGGGCACUUUGUGAGAAAUGUGUAAGUCUUGGUGUGUACUUUGUUUAGAAUAUGCAUGUGCCAUGUUGGCUGUUUUCCUGAUAACUGUUGAAAUUACCUAAAUGUUAUUUUUACACUGCAUUGUAUCUUAAUUUUAUUAUUAGUGUUGUUGGUUGGUAUUCUUUUAUUUCUUUCCUCUCCCCCCACCCCACAAUGUUUCAACCUGUUGAUGUAAAUAAGAUAUAUAUGUGUACUAGCAAAUUUAACACAAAAAUACAUUUUGUGACCAUUGUCUCUUAGAUAGAGACGAUUGCUUAUAAUUUACCAUAUGUUUAUGUCAUCAAAAAUUGUCUAUUUCUUUUUCUCUCUAUGUCUUUUCAGUAAAAUAGUCUCAGGUGCAGUGCAGUACAGAACAUUCUUAUUGUUUUCAUACAAAAUGUAGUUUCUUUGCUUCAGUUUUAAAGCAAAUCUUUUUGUAUGGGAAGAGUGAAGAAUUGCUGUAACUGUAUUUAUUGCAUUGUGAAAGUUUUUUUUUUAAUGGUCAACACUUGAAAAUUGUUCUUUACAUUAAUUAGAAAGCGAGAUUUUUUUCCCUAACUUUUAUAUUUAUUUUAUAUUUAUUUAAGUAGAGAAGCAAAAAUUAUUUCAAAUUUUUUCUCUAUUCAAUUGUAGCUAUUGAAGUUGAAUACAAAUCUGAGGCAAUAGUCAACUGGGUACUUAGGAGGAAACCAUUCUAUUAUUUUUAUGUCGGGGAAUACGUUUAAAGCUGCUUAUUAAUGUCAAAACAUACCCAGUCUUAUACCACUAUGUAGUUUAUUUAUUUUUGUACUGUUAACAUAUUUUGUGAGCAUACUUUUGUAGGUCAAAUUAAUUCAUUCACCCUAUAGGUCUGACAAAAAAACUACAGCAAGUUGGGGAAAAUUGGUUUCAGAAAUUUUAUUUGCGUGCAUAAAUAAAUUGGCAAUAAGUGAGGUUAUGGUACCGGAGCAGAGCAGUUGUUAACCUUUUUUAAAGUAAUUGAUCAUUUUAUUAUAAUAGUUUUUUGGCUAUUGUUAGGGAUGCUAGCAAAGUGUAAGUUAAAUUUAAAAGAUAAUUUACAAUAGCAUGUUGGUAUCAAAUCAUUUUGGGUUGUUUUUUUGUUCAGACUCUGGGUAGAUGUUGUCAUCAGUAUUCUCAUAUGUAUCAUAUCAUGACAGAUAAUGUACUUCUCACUGUUUGAGGAUAAAUUUAACAGUGCUGACAAAGCAGUUUUAAAAAAUGAUCUUGAGAUGUGUGAUUCAAUAUAUUAGAUGUAUGAAAGGCACUGUACUAAAGCACUGCAAAGAGCUCAUAGUUGAAUAAGUCCAUGUACAAAACAAGUUGGGGAUGUGACAAAUUCACAUUGAAAUAUUUAAAAAGAAACAAUCUAAUAAAUGACCAGGUUUGUCCACCUCUUAUGUUGUAAAUAAAGAAAUAUUUUGUGAAUUGGCUACAGCUUGUUACCCUCUGGUGACAAAACUCUUUGUUUUAAAUGUGAAUGUAUGACCUUCCAUGAGAGCGGUUGACAAAUAUGUGAACACAUUAAGUGGGAUCCUUUUUUCAUACUGAUUGCAACAUAUUUUUUUUUCUUCUUCAUUUUAAUGUGUUCACUAAUAAAAUUGUCAUUAUUUGUCAAAACCUGAAUUGAUUGCAUAGCCAUCGCAAAAUAAUCUUGGCAUUAUCUCAUUCUUUUUCCCCUCUUUCCAUACAGUGAGUAGAGAUGAUGUAGGUUGUGGGCUCAGGGUAGAAAUUCCUGCACUUGAUAGGAUCUGUUUGUUGACCAACAAGUUAUAUACCAUUUUCUGCUAAUUUUCUGUUUUCUGUUAAUUUGAUGAGACUGCUUGAACUUGAAAUGAAAUUUGUUUAGGAAGCUACCCUCAUUUAUUAGUAAUGAUGAAGCAAGUUUGACAUGUUCCACAUUGUAAGCCACGCAUAAAAAUUGUUGAGAACAAGUAAAAAGUUGCUUCAUUUUUACCAGUAAUGCCAAAUAAAUACUGAGCUAAUGCAGCCAAGAUCAAAACCUGAAGUUUAAACAUAAACCUGUAAUGUAUUUUUGCUUUGAUUUUGCUGUAUGAAGCUUGUAAGAGAAAUGCUUAGAUGCCAGAAAGGAAAGAAAAUGAAAUCCAAAGUCAGGUCUGCUGUGUAAAACAUUUUGAAGUACUUCUUGCAUUGCCAAGCUGCUCAAGAUUUCCAUCAGUGCCUUUGGAAUGAAUGUUUAUGUAAUGGUUGCGUGUCAUUUUACAAACAUUUGUCAGCAGAAUUGUUUUAAUAGGCUCUAGCAGUUGGUGUGAUCUGUGGGGAAACGCUUUCACUACAUCAUAAAUCCUAGAAAGCUUAAGACAGCUUGGCAUUGGUCAAGAAGUCCUGAAUUUCGUAUUUGUCUGAUAGUGGAUUUAGAACUGGUUUGUCAUUGUUGGAUCAUCUCAUUUUUGUUUAUUAUGUGAAUAUGUUAAUAAGACAUGUAAUUUUUUUUUUUGAAGAUUGCUAAGCCAUGAGGAAAUUUGUAAAAUUAACAAGCAAAAUUAAUAGUCCUCAGCGAGUCGAAUUUUAAUAAUUGCCACAUGUUGUUACUGCAAGUCUUUCAGCAUUGGCUUUUUAUAUAGUCAAGCUUUAAAGACUAAGUUUUUUGUUAGGUCUACCUGUAAUACAUUAUCCUUUCAUAUUUUUUUUUUGAAGACAGUAACAUAUGGUUUUAUUACAUGAAGCUAAGAAAAGCAGUUAUAAAAAAAAGUCUUCCUCUUAAAUAUAAAAUUCAAUGGUAUUGAUAUAGCAGUGACUUUGCUUGGUAAGGAUUAGUUAAUUGAUGCAAUGGUACAUCUUAUAAGCAGUUGAUGUACAUUUUCUGCCCCAAUAGGAAAAUGUGUUUUAAAAGAUGAGGAAAGUUAGGCUUUCUCCUGAUUGUCAUCACAAAAAUUCUGUACAGGUCAUUGCCAAGAUGGGCUAGGCACUUGUCAACACAGUUAUUCUGUACAUGUCUUGCCAAGACGGGCUGGGCUGUACACGUGUGAACAGUUUUUCUGUACAAGUCAUUGCCGAGAUGGGCUGUGUACCAAUAGAGGGUGUUAAGUUGCACCGAUAUCUACUUAAAAGCUUUUAAAGGUUAUAGAAUAGAGUUUUUUUGACAGUUUAUGUGGCUGGCUAAUGGUUAUGACUUACACAAGCAAAUAUGAACUUUGACCACUACAUUUCUUGUUUAGAUCUAAGUUCUUUCUUUACCAUACAAUAUUGUUUUAUUGAAUUUGAGAAGCAGACUAAAAAUCCCAUGUUAUUGAUGCUUCCAUUUUGAACACUAUUGCAGUAAUGCUGGACAAAAACAUGGUAUGAUUUCUCCCUUAUGAUAACUAUAGUGUUUGCGAAGUUGAUUUAGAACUCAUGAAAACUGAUUGCCAGUUAUUGGACUCAUGACCAGAAAUUGUUCCAAUAUCAUUACACUGUCAAUGAGCAAAGUGGGGUGGGGAAAAAUUGCAACACUACAACCUUUAAAAAUUCAGGGGGUUUUUUUGGAAUUUUUUUUUUUUGUGUGUUUUAAAAAAAAAUAAAAAUAAGAAUGCUGUUAAAAGUAUACAAGUUUGGUUAAGUAUCAUUCACUUCAAUUUUAUAGUUAGCAUAUCCAUUACAAAAGGUGUUAACCAUGGUGUCAAACACAUUUUGAACGAAUGGUGCAGAUAACAGCCCCCCAAAAAAUCAAAUGUCUUUAGAAAAGCUCAUGACUAGUGUUAACAAAUUAUUAUUUUAGAGGUUUUUAAUGGCUUGGAUACAUUUUUUAUGGAUUAUUGUGAAUUUUACGGAUCCCAUAAGUCAAUACGUCAAGUUGUUAUUUUAGAAAAAGCUCUGGAGAUCCAUCUCAGUUGUAGAUGUCUAUUUGAGCCUGUUGAAAUAGAACACCUUGGACCUUGAGCGAUUAGAAGAUGAAGUUAUUGGUCAUGAAAUAACAGAAGGAAUAAAAUAACAUGACCAAUUUAAUGAGACGGAAUCCUGACGCCUGGCGUCCUGAGUCGGCUCAUGUGGUCUGGUCAUGUACUCACUGAGCAUCUCAUGAUGCCUAGUCAGUGAUUUGUCAAACUCUUCGACAUUAGUUCUAAUUAUGAAAACAAAAUGUGAACAGUGUUGAAAAGCUGCUUGUUAACUGAUGAAUAAUAGUUAACUUGCCCACCAAGUUGUUUGGGCGAACUAAGCCUAUUGAUGUUUCUUUGUUGAGGUGUGAAUGGUUGGUGGCUGCUGAAGUCUGAUGAAACAUGUCAGAUCUGUUUUAUUUACUUCUGCCCAUAUGGCUC